UUACAGGAAAGCUUUACAAGAACGCAUCUUUUGUCGAAGAGAGACACAGACACAGAUAUGAGGUAAAAGACUUUAUAGGGUAAAAUGUGUUUUUUUUUCACUCCUUCCUAGGUCUAGGAUCCUGAUCACCUUUUUUUUUUCUUAGGUGCAUCAUUGGUCAAUGAAUGUAAAAAACUUCGAGUCGUUUUUACAAGUGUAGCUAUUGUUCUCAAAGUCUGAAAUAGUUGCGCUUGUGCAUGAGUUUUGUAAGCAUUUCAUUGACUUGACCUCAGGUUUUUCGUUAACAUGUUGCUGGCUUUGGGCAGAUUGUUACUUUUCUGGUUGUGGAAUUAAAAUUGACUGCAAAGUUUUUUCGGCCUAUACCUUUUUUAUAAUUAUUGUUUAUAAAAUAAAUUAAAUGUUGCCUGACAAGUGCAAUUGUACUCCCUUAUUUUCCUUAAGUAUAACCUGGCAAGUAGCCCAAAAGUUUUGUUGUACUUCAGCCUCGGGGUUGUGUGUCCCGAAAUUUACUCUUUGGGCACACAGUGACGUAGUCUUUAAGGCUCUUAUUAAAAGUGUGUAUUUUUGUUCUUAAAACGAGAAAAAAGGAAUAAAUAGAGAAAGGCAAUUAUAACUGCUUUGUCGGUCUAAAGCAACAUCUUCAAAUUAGUGUCUGGUGACGUACCCUUGGGAAAAAUGACUUUUCAAAAGCCUUGAGCUCAGUUGAAGCGUUUCUUUUUGCAAACUUAACUAGCGACCUUUAUAAUUGGAAUUUCAAGCUUUCUGUUUACUUCCAACUAAUAACGGCGGUCUUGUUACUGACUGGCACGAAGGUGCGUAUUUUUUACAGUGUGGUACACAAGGUAACUUUUAUUUGUCGAGGGCUUUUUGGCCAAAAAGAGUAAUUUCCUUGUGUUAAAUCAAAGGUUAACCCAAAAUAUGUCAAGCAGUUAGAGGAGAAUGGCAUGCUGUUUGUUGGAAAAGACGUUGAAGGCGAAAGAAUGGAAAUCAUGGAAUUAAAAGGUAUGUGUUUAGGGUUCACCCAGGUCAUGGAAAACCUGGAAAGGAUUUUCCAGGCCUGGAAAAUCAUGAAAUUUAAUUGUUGGUCAUGGUAUAUCAUGGAAAAUUUUAAGUUAUGUUUGGUAGAUUAGUUACUGCAAUGUCAAAGCAAGGACAAAGUGAGAUAGAUACUACUAGUUAGUCAGAGCGAACGACACGCGUUUGGUGGACACCAGAUUGUGUAUGCUGAACUGAGUGUGGUAAAAAAAAUCCCCCCAAAAUAAAAGUAGUUUCGAAAGUGACCACUAAACCUAAGGCCAUGGAAAACUGGGCAAGUUCAUGGAAAAAGUCAUGGAAUUUGAAGAGCUCAGAAGAAUAAAUAAAUAAAUAAAUAAAUAAUGAUUUGGAGGUAGCACAUCCACAAAGUGGUUCUUCGUCUACCAGAUUCCUGGUCGAAUUGGAAUUUGGAAAUGUUAGUUUUUGAGGAGAGGGGAAAACCGGAGUACCCGGAGAAUAACCUCGGAUCAAGGGAGAGAACCAACAACAAACAAAAGAGAGUACGAACUCUGACAUAGAAUCUUUUGGUAGACUAUCCCAGCGUCAUAACUGAAAUUUUACAAAAUUAUCGUAGUGGCCAAAUUCAGAUAUGCCUCAAAUCUUAAUUUUUAUGUACCACUUGUAAGGUCAAAUUGUGGCAAAUACUCAUUUGAGUUUGCCAUAACCAUAUUCCGGGAAGAGAUUGCUACUAGCCUAAAAACACUCAGCUACUACCAGUUCAAAAAACAACGCAAGCGAAUUUUACUAACACUCAAAGGUAACAACGUAAAAUGACUGUUUCUUAUAAUUGUUCAUAGCUACCAUGGCACUAGCACACAUGUUUAAAAAACGCAUUUCGAUUCCGUAAUAUAGCGGUGUUUAGCCCGAAAACCACCGUACACUCCUCUCAGAGCCAUUUAAUUCUUUCUUUUCUUCUCCGAUUUGUUAUUUUAUUCUAUGUUGUUCUCUGGUCAAUGUAAAUACUAUAAUUUUUAUUGAGUGUGUAUAAAAAUUGAAACUGAACUGAGACUCAGAGAGACUGUUCCAGGGGAGAGAAUUGUUGCUGCUGUGAAUUUCUUCGGGCGUUUAUAAGCUGUUCCUUUUAUUUCAGACCACCCAUACUUUGUUGGCGUCCAAUAUCAUCCAGAAUACAUCAGUAGACCGGUCAGACCGUCCCCUCCCUACCUGGGAUUGAUUUUAGCAGCUAUCAACAAGUUACCACAGUACAUUGCAAGAGGAUGUCGACUGUCUCCAAGGUGCAGCAUCAGUGAAGAUGAAGAUGAUGAAGACGAGGAGUUAGCUAGGCUUCCAGAGUUUAAUCCUUAGAUUGAUUUAAAGGAGUUAUGUCCAGAAAUGCUUCCAGCAGUAUUUGACAGAAUUUUGCUGUUGUACGAAAGGCAUUGGUAAGACAGUCUGGAGAAAAAAACAAAUUUUCGAGUUGACGGUAUGACCUCAAGAGAAGACGUUACAAUGGAAGCCACAUUGAGAUCAAAACCGUCAGCAUGGCUUGUAGUACGAUUUUAAGCCUAGUUUCUAUCUAAGAUUGAAACUGCGGUUCUGAGAUAAAUACACACUACGCCCCAUAGGUAUGUGUGUAGCCAGAACCAAAACUGCUUACGUUCGCACUCUCACAGCCAUGAUCAGGCCUUUUGAUCAGCAAAUAUCGUGAUAAAAUUAAAUAUUUAACUCUUUUUAUUAUGAGGAUUUGUUGACAUUCUAUUUAUUCGCCGAAGUUGUUGUACCUUGGUUGUACUUUGAAAUUUGUGUACUGUAUUUACAAGUUGUGGGUGAUGAUAGCCUGGUGGCUGAGGGGGAAAUUUGUAAAUCUAGGUCUCAUAUCAAGUUUCAGGUUUAGUUUAUGUCUUAUUAUUUCAUUUGUAAAUGAGUGUUUAAUUUUUAAUUCGCCAGCAAUAGAGAGUAUUCGCUCACGUGGCCAGCAUCCAUGCAAAUUUAUGGGAACGAAAGAAAUUUUUUACAUAAGAAAAGAGUCCAACUCCCACAGGAUUUGUUUAAAACACCAAUAUGGCCGCCGUGACGUCAUGUGAAUACGCUCUAUACUAACUGCUGGUACGGACCGAGUUAUUGGCCAACAACCAGUGCUACGUUGCAAGCCAAGACUGUAUACACACCCAACAGAGGUCGUCUUUCAAGAGAGGAUUUCUUUUCUGCUUCGCCAACUUUAAAAAAUUUAUUGCGAACAAAAGUUGUAAGCCGCGCUGCUAACAAAAACAAUCUCCACUUGCAGUUGCAGCCUAGCUUCUCUAUAAUUUGUACGGAUGAUGCUGCGACCGGCGGUAAGUCUUUCACUCCUGGAGACAGCUCAAGUAGUCAAACUUUGAGAUACGUUCCAAAUUUUGUAUAGUAUUGAAUUCUACUGAAUAGCAAUUGCAAUGUCCUUCUAUUUGGCUAUUUUUGAUGCUUUGAACUGUUAGUUUAAUAGACUAUUUUUAUCAACAACUUAUUUAUGCCAGAGUUUUUGUCUGCUGAGGAAAUGAUUACACUUCAGUAGUUUCAAAAGUAAUAUACAUUAAAACAGUUGUAAGGAGUAACAAAAAACUGCAAGCCAUCUUCUUGUUUUCUUGUUAAGGAAUCUGAUUCUGAAUAUGGUUACGGAAAUUCCUUUAAAUAAUUGUCGCAUAUAAAGUUUUUGUAUUUCUGUAUAUAUAUAUAUACUAAAACAUCCCUUCUUAUAGAUAUACAAAGCGCCUACUGAAAGUUUGGGCUGAAGAGAGGCUGGUUGCUUUUUAAUAUUCAACUUUUUGUCUCUGAUGUUAGGCCCUUUUUUGGAAGUGAUAAGUUAUAUGUUAGAGGCUGGGAUCUAAGUAGAUGAGACACGGUAGCGCCAUGUAGAGUGUUCAUUUGAAUGGUCGCAGGUACAUGUGCUCAAACUCAAAUUGUGUCUUGACCAUAGGAAACACGAAAGAGUUUAAUGGUAUCGUGCAAUGCUUCACUAAUAGAUACACAAUGUUACCAAAUGGACGCGAGAGCAGAAAAUUUGUUACGAUUUGAAGAAAUAACACAACAGUUUUUAAUUGACAAGACAUGUUUCGGCAAACUUAUGCCAUCUUCAGUAGUACUGAGAAGCUCGUUACAAUUUGAAUAUGCUAAUUACAGCGAUUUCAUUGGAAGCUAAAUGUGACAGACGAACAAUGAGGAGGGAAAAAGAAAAAGCAUAAUUAACAGCUAGGAUUCAUGGAAAGUGACAGGUUUACAUGUUUCACCUGUUGAUUUAGAACAGGUUUCUCCCACUUUAUAUACAUCGCCUCCUUAAUCUUUUAAGUGGAAUCCAGAGGCGGCGGUAUUAAGGAUAGUGAAACAUUCCGUGGAACAGGACUGUACAAGCUUGAGGUGAAGCAAUGUGUUUGUAGACAUGAGAAGCCUUGUCCGAAACAAGGUGCUCACGGACGCGAGGGGAAAAGUGGCGAGUAGUGUCGCCAAUGUAACUGGCAUUACAGCCAGCACAAAGAAACAUAAAUUUCCGGCGAUCGGAGGCCUUGAGUCACGGAAUCUUUCACGUUGAAAAAAUGCCUAACUAUAGAAGCAGAAAAAGCAUACUUGAUGUCAAGAACUGUGCAAUAAUAAUUCACUAAAUGUCUCAAUUUAGUUUGUGUAACUGCGGAGAAACGGCCUAUUUAAGGGAUUUUAUAAUAGCGUGUAACUUGUCUUGUAAAUUGUGAAAACUGUUGCUUUGAAAUGGAAUACCUCUUACGUCACUUUUGUUAACUGUUCGUCAAUUUUUCUUGUUUUUAAUCUUUCCAUAAUUUUUCCUGCUUUUCUAUCUUAUCAACUUAUUUUUGUAAAUAGUAUAAAUCUAUUAAGCUUAUUACACUGAAAUAAACUUGGUAAAUGAAUCGAGCAUUAACAUGCAAUUUUUAC